AGUAUAUAUUUGAAUGUUACCAAGUGUAGAGGCAACAUUAACCCAACGCUUGUCAUUGAGAACACAACCAAAACCCGAUUACAGACAGAAUGGCCGAAGUAAUGCAUCAUCAAGUGAACAUUCGUAAGCGUCGCAUUUUGGAAGCUUUCAGAGAAGAAACUGCGAAUUCAUCUCCGCCCCCACCACCGCCGCAGCCAGAAGAAAACAAAGAGCUCGUGGGUUUAGAUUUAACCACACCCAAGGAACCAGCAACUCCACCUCAGCCGGAGGUCAUGCCAAAGCUAGUGUCCACCGACAAAGAUGAGGCCAAACUUAUCGAUAUGAAACUUAAAGUUUUGGAAACAUGGGAACUCAGCAAACGCAGAGCCAUUGAAAAGCUGGUCAAGGAUGUGGAAGAACUUCAGGCGUUGGAAGAGAAAAUCGAAAAACUUGAGGAUCUGCUGGAUGAGAAAAACAUUGAAAUUAACGAAGACGAUUUUGAGGCUUUCUAUCAGAAACAAAUGGAAACAUAUCCCAUGAUGGAACCGCUGGUUGCCCUGGAAGAGUUACAACCACAGACUCCCAAACGUGAGGAACAACAAAAUAAACGUGUCAAAAUUUCAGCCACCUCCACGCCCAUUACGCGAAAACCCGAAAAGGCAGACAAUUCGGAAAUAGUCGAAAAAUUCAUUGCCAACGAAGAUGGUAUGGUGGUCAUAGGUCCUAAUGGCACAACAAUUGCCAAGAGUGCCCUGAGUGCCAUUAAUUGGUCCCUAUCAGGGGCGGCAUUGACCCGGAAAAUUCUCAUGGAAGUUUUCGACAGAGAAACCCUGGCAUUCCACACAUUAACCGGCAAACCCUCACCCGCCUUCAUGGAUUGUGAUAAACCAAUGAAAAAUCAGUUGGACACCCAAAAGGUGGCCGAUAUUAUUCACCUGGUGACCCAGCACACCAAUCUGACGGCCAAAGAAGUGCGCAAUGCCAUUACCACCAAAUGUGCCGAUGAGAACAAAAUGUAUCGUCAAAGAGAGAAGAAACGUCUAAAUGCUGCUCUCAAACUUCAGAAACAGCAGCCGCCGCAGGAUCAACAGCUAUCAAAUUAAUUAUCGUUGGCAUUUUAAAAUGUCAACACGCUUCAUUUCUGAUUUGUAAAUAUGAAAAAAGAUUAUUUUUAAUUGUUAUAUAUAUUUUUGCAAUAAUUUCAAUUCUUAAAAAAUGGAAAUUGUGAAUUAAGUUCAUAGAAAUAAGAUUUCUGUAUUUGUAAAUAAUUUUUUUUUUGUUCCAGUUCAAUGCCAUUCUUCGUUUUUACCAGUGUCCUUU